AUGUCAGCUUAUAUAAACGAAAAUCCCAUUUUAUCUGUAUUUAUUUCUAAGGAUGAAAAAAUGAUUUCUGAAAAUGAAAAUAAAGAUAAUAACUUGUUCGAUGUGAAGUUACCAGCGAAUAUAUUAUGGAAAAGUCAUGAGCAUUUACCAGUUACCCAACCUUCCGUUACAGAAUACUCUUCAAAUCAUAUAGACAAUGUGACUGCUAUCACAGAUAUGACAAAUUCACACUUCCUAACAAGAUCUGAUAGUAUUCAUCAAACUAAUUUACCUGUACACAAUGGUUUCAACCCAAUUUACCACUCGAAUGAAUUACAAAUACAUACAUCCAAAGAAUUUAGAAAGUUAUCAUCAAAUGAUGGACAUUUUCAAUCAAUAAUACCUUCUAGGUCUAUAUCAACACCUUCAUAUUCAACAAUGGCCACAUCUUCAAAUGAACAAGAAGAAAACAAAAAUAACUUUCCUGAGAAUUAUAAUCUACUAUCAAGUACAUAUUAUCAACAAUUUUUAUUAAAACAUUACAACAGAAAUGUGACUGAUGAAGUCACUAAUUUAAUGGAUGAAAACUAUCGUAACUCAUUGAUUAUGUCAUCCUAUGUUAAUCGUUUACAACAUUCAGAAAAUUUAGUUUGUACAAGUAACAUCAACAAUCCUUUUACCAGUACUAAUACUAUUACAACAACAACCGCUUCUACUUCUGCUACUAACGUCACCGAUAUACAUGCUACUAAUUUCAAUACAAGUAGUAUAAGUCCAUCGAGUCAUAAUCAGUCAAUUCAUGAAAAUUAUGAAUUUAAUAGCAAUCCUACAAACUUGCAACAUCAUCAUCAUCGUCAUCAUUAUGUUAACCCUGAUGAUAAUAAUUUUUCUGGAAAUGUAAACAAGCAUUAUAAUUCAGGAAUGCAUGAAAAUUAUUUACCUUGGACAGAAUAUUGUAACAAUAGUGACUAUAACAUUGAUUAUUUGAAUAAUGAUCACAAGAGUAGUGAUUACAUAACAGAAACUGAUUCAUUGAAAAAUGAACAGAGUUUUCAUGUAAAACAAUAUCAGAGUCAACAAUCCAAUUGGUUGAAUGAUAUACACACUUGGGUAAAUAAUAGAUUUUCACAUGAUAAUGUUAAUAAUGCAUUAAAACCAACAAUUAUCAAUAAUGAUAAGAUCCCGCCUACAAUUAAUUCCACAUUCAGUUCACUUCAAACUCAUCCUUGUUCAGUCGAUCAAUCUGUAUUUGAUACCGACAGUAAUAAUAAUAAUGUGAGUAGUCAAAAUCAAUCGUUAAAUAUUCAAAUGAACAAUCCAUAUUGUUUUAUUACAAGAGCUGAAGAUAGAAAUAUCGAUCAAAACUCAAUCGAAUCAUAUUUAUGUUCAAAUUUUGAAACAGACUGUAGACGAACAUUUCAUUCACCCCUAUCUAUUGGAGAAAGAUGUUUAAAUUUCAGUGAAAAUAAUUCGAAUUUUUGGUCAAAUAAUAUGUGUAAUUUAUUAAACACAACUGAUCGCUAUAAAUCAAUCUUAAUGGCCGCUGCUAGUGUGCAAUAUCCAACAUAUAAUCAUCAUCUUAAUGACAAUGAUAAUAACUCAUCAGGACAAUCUGAAUAUGCAACACUCUAUGAAACAUUUCUUUCUGCUAACAAUAAUGGCCCCUUAGAUAUGAAUGUCGAAGCGAAAUGUUCAAUGUUCACUGAUAAUCAAAUAGAUAAUGAAAGUAAAGUAAAUGCAUCGAUAAAUAUACCUAAAAAUUUAUUUUCUCAAUCACCAUCUCCAUCAUCACCGUUAUCUGGUGAAACAAAAGUAUCGUUGAAUGUUGAACAUUCACUCAUUCCUCCAAGGUCGUCAGCAUUAUUAACAUUAAAUAAAUUAGAUAAUUUAAAUUUAACGAAUCCAAAUAUAGCAAGUGAAUUAAGGCGAAAAAAUCUACAUAAUUGUCAUGUACCUGGUUGCGGUAAAGUCUACAAUAAAACAAGUCAUUUAAAAGCACAUUUAAGAUGGCAUACAGGUGAACGUCCGUUUGUAUGUAAUUGGUUAUUAUGUGGCAAACGAUUUACACGUUCUGAUGAACUGCAACGUCAUUUACGUACACAUACUGGUGAAAAACGUUUCCUUUGUCCUAUUUGUCAUAAACGUUUUCUUCGAAGUGAUCAUUUAAAUAAACAUAUACGUACACAUUCCGAUUCGACAACAACAACCGUAAGCGAGAAUAAUGAACACAAUCUAAUUAAGUCAAUUGACAAACAGUAUUUAACUAUUAAUACAACAAACACUACCUCCACAACUACUAGUAAUACCAAUACUACUAACGCUUUUAUCAGUAGUAAUAUCAAUGAUGAUAAUAUUAAUACUGAUAGUUGUACACCUUUAAGCACUUCAUGUAAUCACAAUAUCGAAGAAAAUUUUAAUGAAUAUACUAUGUGA